UUAUAUGUGUUGAGUUCUGAAAUGUGAUUUGACGUGAGUCGUGAAUCGAAAAUAUUUCGUAGUCGCCCUCGUUUGAUUGUAAUAAAAUUUAUUUGAAACAUAAUUUUGUGCAUGUGAUAUAAAAAGUUUCUCGAAGAAAUGAGAUGAUGUGAUUUUAAAUAUAUAUCAUUGAAAUGGAGCCUAUUGCUAAUCAAAAGGAACCAGACGAGUUGACGGUGAGACCCGGUGACAUAUUAAGAGACUUGGAAAGACUGACAGGCUGGUGGAAUGGAGAAUUGAGAGGAAGAAGUGGAAUGUUUCCUGAUAACUUUGUAUCGGUGCUAACUGAACAUAAUAAUGCCAGAUCGCGUGUGGUGCCAGUGCGCUGUCGGGCCGUUUUUAGCUACCAACCUGCCAACCCUGAUGAGUUACCUCUGUGUGUGGGUGACGUGUUGGAAGUACUAGGAGAGGUAGAGGAGGGGUGGUGGUACGGGCGGCGCGCGGAGCGGUCGGGCGUGUUCCCGUCCAACUUCGUGGUGAUGAUGGAGCCGCCGCCCGCGCAGCCCGCGCCGGCGUUGCCGCCCAAACCGGUAAAGGAGCAAUGUCGCGUGCUGUUCCCUUACUCGGCGGUGAACGACGACGAGAUAUCGUUGUCGGAGGGCGACAUAGUGAACAUCGUGUCGAAGGUCACCCUGGACCGCGGCUGGUGGAGGGGCGAGCUGCACGGGCGAGUGGGGCUGUUUCCGGAUAACUUCGUGCAGUUGUUACCGGCUGUCGCCCAAGAGGUUGAAGAAAAUAAACCAGACCGAACGCCUGCGAAGACGAAUCAGCUCUAUCCCGUACUCAACAAAUUCACCGAGAAAACCGCCUCUGUUAAAGAUCUGACUACUUCUAAAGUAAGCAUGCACAAAGAAAAUACAUUAAGCAAAGAAAGCAGCACACAAAGUGCAGUCACGCACACAUACAAAAGUGAAUCAGAAAAAGUUAUACAAAGUGAGACGGUUAUAGAUGGAACUCUAGAACAUAUAAAGAAACCUUCAGUGCCAUUAAAGAAAAGUCCUACUCCGACCUCAGGCGUAGGUGGGUUGUUCAGUGGAUUGAAAAGCAAAAUUAUCCCAUCAUCAGAGAAGACAGAGAAAUCAUGGACGACAGUAUCGAGUGGGAGCAGCAGUAGCGGCGAGUGGGACCGCACCGACGGCAGCGCGGCCAGCAAGUCCAGCGCCAACUCCAGCGCCAACACCAACAGCAAUGCCAACGCCAAUGCCAACACAGCCACUACGUUCGAUCACAUCGAAAGGAAUUCGAUCUUGAAUGAUCUGAGGGCCGGCAGGGCGAGGGCGCCGCGCCGCCGGCCGCCCAGCCAGGCGCUGCGCGACGACACGCACGUCGGCCUCACCAACGGACACGAGGUUCCCUCGGAAAAGCCGGCGCCGGAGAAAGCGGAGGAGACAAAACCUCGGACUCGUGAAUGGGAAAAGCACAAAGCACCCUGGAUGGAGGAGUUGAAGUUGAACCAAGCGAAGAAGACGAGCUUCGGGUUCGAAGGCAAAUCGAGAUCGGUGUCCACUUCCUCUGAAGCUAGCGGUAUUGCUAGUAAAGCGGGCGGGGGAAGCACGGACAGAAUUUUGGAGUGUGGCUUAGAAGAAAAGCGAUCGUCACAUUCCAUGGAAAUGUCUAAGAGUACUUCAUCAAUAAACAAUAGAAUAUCUGUGCUGGCGAGCUUAGAGCUCAGUAUAGCGACGACAUCGCGUCAGUCUGCAGAACCUAAGAAAGACGUUCCACCGGAACUUCCGACGAGCAAACCGCCAACGCUACAGUCUUCCACCGCCACCGGUCGAACGAUAAUCUCGAUGCUAGACGAGAUCAAAAAGCCGCCCGCGCCGCCCCCGCCGAGCGCGCCGCCCGCGCUGCCCGCGCCCCCCGCGUCGCCCGCGCCCCUCGCGCCCCUCGCGUCGCCCGCGCCGCCCGCGCCCCCCGCGUCGCCCGCGCCGCCCGCGCCUCCCUCGCCGAGCCGCCCCAUCGCCGACGCCGAGGGUUCCGAGGUGUUAAUAGCUCAGCUCAAUGACAGGAUAUUAAACCUAGAGAAGCUAUUAGAAGUACAAAAUGAGAAAUUUAACGCUGCCAUUAAAGAUCUAACAAAUAAAUUAAAACAAGAAUCCGACAAACGUCAAGCGCUGCAGUUAGAAAUAGAAAAACUCGCUCAUUGCGUCACACAAGUGUAAUGUAAGUGUUUCUAUAGACAUUUUCCCGCGAAGUGGAUUGAAAUUUGGGAUUGAAAUGACAUUCGAGUAAAAUCGGAUCUUAUAUUCGAUAUGAAGUCUAAUAAUAAAGGUUAGAAUUAUUAGUAAUGCGAUAAAUACUACAAUUGCCGUAAAAUUGCAAUCGGCUGGCGAAAUAAUUAGAACGAAUUUCAUGUUACAGUAGCAUCGAUAUAUUCUAAGUCGUUUUGUUUGAACCCAUCAGUACCACGCAGGCGUGAGGAUCCCGCAUUUUUAACUAAUUGACAGAAUAUUAUGAUAAUAAUUUGACUGUUUAAUAAUAGUACCUUAUUAAUCAAUGAGAAUUUUUGUGUACUCUGCAUUUGAUACAUAUUCGGUUUAAUGUCGUCAUUAUACAAGAAUUGUUAAUAUUUUAAACGCUUGUGAUAUAAUAAAUUCCUUGACAGUUUAAUGAGAUGUCAGUACUUAAGUCCGUAUGUACAUUCUAGAAGAAAGGGUAAGGGCCUUAGGUAAGAUUAUUGUAGGUAAUUCGAUUUUUAAUAUUAUGUGAGGUGUUGUUGAGAAUGUUUUCAUUUUUAAUAGUACUCUUUAUUUUGUUUUGUUUUUCUAAGUGCUACUACGUAGUCUGAAUUUUUAUAUAAGAUAUUAUGAGGUCGGAAUGUAGGUUAGGCGAAUAUUACUCUGCAUCUCGCAUCCUUGUCGUCGCGGCCAAAAUAGCGGAUAAAAUUUAUUUUACUGCGCAAUUAUCGCGUCUAUGACUUGGUCGCUCUUAUGUAACGAACUGGUAAUAUCAUCUAACGCUCAACAUAAACAAGAAACCGUUCAGCGACAGAUAAAACAUUGCCGAUAUAAAUUUACAUAUGUUGCAGAGAUCUAUGUAUAUACAAAACAUUAAUUUUGCAGCGAUUUUAAUUAAAUCAUUGGCGAUAUUUAUUCUUUGGCAUUUUGAUCAAGUUGGCUGGGACAUCGUGGCAGUGACUAUAUGGAAUAGUAUGUAAUAGCUUCGGAUGUCUUGUAUGAAGUUAAUAUGAACCCAAUUAAAAAUAUAACAUAAUGUAAAAUGUCUUAAACUAAACGGUUUCUUUCUAAUUGUACUUAUACUGUGGGGUUUCGUAUAUUGGUGAUGUAAGUCGUUCGAAAUUAGGUUUGAUCAGUCAUUUUUUUUUUUACAAAAGUAUCGUGCCAUUUAAUUUUGCUUUUCGCAAGUGUAAAUUGAGUAAGUUAUCUAUAGAGAUGGUAAAAAGAUUGUGAUUAAAUAGAUGGUACCAUCGUGGUGAUCAUCUAUUGUGAUUUGCACAUUCCAUGUUCGUAAGCAAAGUGUACAUACUUAUGACAUCUUAGGGCCAAAUUCACAACGCACAUGCGGUUAUCAAUUAGUAUUUAUCUUUAAUUUUAUAUUAAACUUGCUAUGUUACUCAUAAGUAAUAAGACAUUGAUAUCAUUCUAAUAAAAUUCAUGUCAUUAAAAUUAAAGUUCAAUAUUAAACAUAGUGUUUGUUAUUCUCUUUUAAUGCGCUUUCAACUUGAAUAGGUAAUAUUUGUUAUCGACUAACCAAUGUUCCCUUUAAUACUUAGGGAAUAUAUUAUAUUAUGAAAGCCAUAUUAUACAUGUAGUUAAUAUAUUUUUGUAUUUGUACAAACAUACAUGUCCAUAUGGUUUCAUAUAACCCCAUAUUUGUACCUUUUCUUGGAACAUAUCUUUGUAUUUAUUUCAUGUACAUUAUAAAUAAUUAAUAUUUACAUUCGAUACAGAUUAAAACGUUUAUUAUAAAGAAAAUGUAACGGUAACUUGUAUGUAACAUUAACUUUUAAGGUUGUGUUGUACCAUCCAUUAUUUAUAUAACUGUGACCACGUCUUGUGUUUUUAUCCUAUUACACUUAGAAUGUUUAUUUAGUUCUUCCGUUGAAAUUAACUAAAUUAAUACAUCUUAAAGAUCUACUUUUAAUAUUAUAAAAUAAAUUAUGUUUAUAUAAUAAUUAAUUAGUGCCUAAUUAACUAUUUAGCAUCAAAGUUUUACAGACAUGCCAGUUAAAUUAUUAUUAUGAGAUGGUUUCUAACAAAAUAUAAUUUUAAAUAUAUAUAUAGCGAUGGACUGGAUUGAGUCGUUAUGAAUUGCUUAGUAUCGCUUUAGAGGACGUAGUUUUGGUUAUCUUGUGAUAAAUAUUGCCUAACGCAUAUACUAAAAUUAAUAUGUAAAUUGUUUCAAUGGCUUUAAUAGUGCACAAAUAUGUCAAUAAUAAACGUUUAUAGAAUUUUUAUUACGCAGAACUCUAACGUGUAGAAACUAAAUAUUCACAUUUAUAAUAACAUAGGUAGUACAAAAUUUAAUAGCGUCAAUAUGACAGUAUUGGAUACUUGUAAAUUUAAUUGUAGACUUGUUUUUAUGACAAUCUGUCAUUAUUAAAUAGCUCGUGUAUAUGAAAUUGGAAAUGUAUUAUUUGAAUAUUGUUUGUCCUGCUCUUAUUUGUAAACAUUUAAUUUAGAUUUGAAGUGUAUGCAGAGUUUACUUUGUAAACUCAUGAUUUUAAUACUUAUCAUAUUCAUUUCAAAUAUAUAUUUCAUAGUUAUCUCCGUGUGAUUUUACACGUUCAUUGUCAUUUCGUUGAUAUAUAUCAGGAUGUUUUGAACAGAUAUGUAUUUUAUGAAUCCUACUUACAAUUAUUGUUUUCUUUUUUUUUUUAUAAUUUGACAAUAAUAUUUAAAGAAUAUGGUUUUAUAAAAGCACUUAAAUAAAUAUCAAAGAUUAAAAACGAAUUCGUAUUUUUAAUUCGGAACAAUCGUGUUUCAACAUUUUAGAAACAGCGUCGCGAGAGACAAUUUAUGUCAUUAAAUGUUAACAAACAAGACCACGAUAUGAAUAUGUAAUUUAUUUUAGUCUAUGACCUCCGAGUAUUAUGAAAUAUUAAAAAAAAGAAACACAAAAUGACGGAAUACAAUUUUAUUAGAAAAAAAUAAUAACCAGUACUGCUUGAAAAAUAUUCAUUUAUAUAACGAGUUUUAAAUACGUGUACCUGACAUUUUUUAUAUUGUUACAUUAGUUAUGCGAGGUUGCCGCUCCCUAAAGAAAGAAUAUGAUUAUGUUGGUAGACUUUCAUUAAAAAAAAACAAUUGAAAAGAUUAUUUCAGAUUAAAACAUAAUCAUGACUGAAGGUUUAAUACGAUAUAAUAACUACCGUUAAAUACUAGCACUAGGCGUAGAAUGAGGUAGAUGCAACAACAUUUCGUAUGAAGUAAUUAGUGUCAAUUCUUGUCUUGUGAAAUUUUGAGGCGUUUGAUUUAUAUUCACGUCAAUAAUUGCAUUUAUUAACUCUUCAUGUAUAUACAUAUAAAUAUUUUGUAGAUGUUUUAAAUGUACGUAAACUUGUCGGGAAGUACGAAAUUUGAUUAUCACACGUAGGUUUAUAAGAUAAACCACAGUUAGUUGUAUGAUAAAGAACAUUUUUUUAGUACUUAACUUAUGUUUCAUAUACUGUCCCGGUCCAUUGCAUUCCUAAGUUGUUCGAAUCAUUACAUUCGUAUUAUUAUAAAUAAAUUUAUGAUUGUACCUUUA